CCGGUUCGAGUCUUGAAAAAAUUUCGUGCGGUGUGUGUCUACACGACAGCGUCUGAAAAAGUUUUGUGAAUUUCUUAUUCUGCACAAAGCAAAGUGAAAUUUUAUUUUACCUUUAUUCUGUGAAUAGAACGAAUAACAUACAAACAAGAUGCCGGAAGAAACAGAGACCUUCGCCUUCCAGGCUGAGAUCGCUCAGCUGAUGUCGCUGAUCAUCAACACAUUCUACUCGAACAAGGAGAUCUUCCUGCGCGAGUUGAUCUCGAACGCAUCGGAUGCUCUGGACAAGAUCCGCUAUGAGUCUUUGACCGAUCCCAGCAAGCUGGACUCCGGCAAGGAGCUGUACAUCAAGCUGAUCCCGAACAAGACGGCCGGCACAUUGACCAUCAUCGAUACCGGUAUUGGCAUGACCAAGUCGGAUUUGGUCAACAACUUGGGCACCAUUGCCAAGUCGGGAACCAAGGCCUUCAUGGAGGCUCUGCAGGCUGGUGCCGAUAUUUCCAUGAUUGGUCAGUUCGGUGUGGGUUUCUACUCCGCCUACCUGGUGGCCGAUAAGGUGACUGUCACCUCCAAGAACAACGAUGAUGAGCAGUAUGUGUGGGAGUCUUCCGCCGGUGGUUCCUUUACCGUCCGUGCCGACGAUUCUGAGCCCCUGGGCCGCGGCACCAAGAUCGUGCUGUACAUCAAGGAGGACCAGACCGACUAUCUGGAGGAGAGCAAGAUCAAGGAGAUCGUGAACAAGCACUCGCAGUUCAUCGGCUAUCCCAUCAAGUUGCUGGUGGAGAAGGAGCGCGAGAAGGAAAUCAGCGACGAUGAGGCCGAUGACGAGAAGAAGGAGGGCGAUGAGGAGAAGAAGGAGAUGGACACCGAUGAGCCCAAGAUCGAGGAUGUUGGCGAGGAUGAGGAUGCCGACAAGAAGGACAAGGAUGCCAAGAAGAAGAAGACCAUCAAGGAGAAGUACACCGAGGAUGAGGAGCUGAACAAGACCAAGCCCAUCUGGACACGCAACCCCGAUGAUAUCUCCCAGGAGGAGUACGGCGAGUUCUACAAGUCCCUGACCAACGACUGGGAGGAUCAUCUGGCCGUCAAGCACUUCUCCGUGGAGGGACAGCUGGAGUUCCGUGCCCUGCUCUUCAUUCCCCGACGCACGCCCUUCGACCUCUUCGAGAACCAGAAAAAGCGCAACAACAUCAAGCUGUACGUGCGUCGUGUCUUCAUCAUGGACAACUGCGAGGACCUCAUCCCCGAGUACUUGAACUUCAUCAAGGGUGUGGUCGACUCCGAGGAUCUGCCCCUUAACAUCUCGCGUGAGAUGUUGCAGCAGAACAAGGUGCUGAAGGUGAUCCGCAAGAACCUGGUCAAGAAGACCAUGGAGCUGAUCGAGGAGCUCACCGAGGACAAGGAGAACUACAAGAAGUUCUACGACCAGUUCAGCAAGAACCUCAAGUUGGGCGUGCACGAGGACAGCAACAACCGUGCCAAGCUGGCCGACUUCCUGCGCUUCCACACCUCCGCCUCCGGGGAUGACUUCUGCUCCCUGUCGGACUACGUGUCGCGCAUGAAGGAGAACCAGAAGCACAUCUACUUCAUCACCGGCGAGUCCAAGGACCAGGUCAGCAACUCUGCCUUCGUGGAGCGCGUCAAGGUGCGCGGCUUUGAGGUGGUCUACAUGACCGAGCCCAUUGAUGAGUACGUCAUUCAGCACUUGAAGGAGUAUAAGGGCAAGCAGCUGGUGUCCGUCACCAAGGAGGGUCUGGAGCUGCCCGAGGAUGAGACCGAGAAGCAGAAGCGCGAGGAGGACAAGGCCAAGUUCGAGGGCCUGUGCAAGCUGAUGAAGUCCAUUCUGGACAACAAGGUCGAGAAGGUGGUGGUGUCCAACCGCCUGGUCGACUCGCCCUGCUGCAUUGUCACCUCGCAGUUCGGCUGGUCCGCCAACAUGGAGCGUAUCAUGAAGGCCCAGGCUCUUCGCGAUACCGCCACCAUGGGCUACAUGGCCGGCAAGAAGCAGCUGGAGAUCAACCCGGAUCACCCGAUUGUGGAGACCCUGCGCCAGAAGGCCGAUGCCGACAAGAACGAUAAGGCCGUCAAGGAUCUGGUCAUCCUGCUGUUCGAGACCUCGCUGCUCUCCUCCGGAUUCUCGCUGGACAGCCCUCAGGUGCAUGCCAGCCGCAUCUACCGCAUGAUCAAGCUGGGCCUGGGCAUCGACGAGGACGAGCCGAUGACCACCGAGGAUGCCCAGAGCGCCGGAGAUGCCCCCUCGCUGGUUGAGGACACCGAGGACGCUUCCCACAUGGAGGAGGUCGAUUAAGCCAUUGAUCGAUCAAUGCCUACACCCCCAACCAAAAUUCAUCCAGUCACUCGCAUUCACAUACACAAUUUACUUGCGUUUCGAACUUUUGUACUUAGUUUACUACCGCCGAGUUAAAUUUUGUAUAUCCCAUUAACAUUUUGCCGCGUUGUAUGCGACAAAACAUACGCUUAUCUCUCAUCCUAAAGAAACAAGAGAAUAACUCGUUAAAUGGCUAGGUUCCCGCAAAAACAAACAUUCAAAAGCAGUUGUCGUUUUAAGAACUUCUAAUUUAGAAUCCAAGUAAUUUAUGUAUAAAAACUAUAGACUACAUACGCGCUCUAGUUGGUAUAGCCAUAUAAAGAAUGGAGUAAAUGUAUAAUUAAGGUUUGAUGACCAGAUCGAUGAUAAACAUAAAAAAAAACAACCAACCAAAUAAACAAGCAAAUGUGUUUUAAAAAUCAAA